AUGGCUCUCAGAUUGUUCCCUCGUGGGAGAACCGCCUACUACAACAUCUGCAUUGACGGCUACCGCAUCCCGGGCUCGCUCGACUAUGCCACGGUGAUACACCACAUCCCCCAUCUGCGGGACUGCCCCCGCCGGCCAGCCACCUCCCAGUCCGCCCUGGGCAGGCUGACGGUAGACAUCGACCUGACCGCCGCCGUGCGUCGGUGCCGGCUCGUCGAUUCGCUGUACUUCCCUCUCUCCCGCUUCCGGGAGUGUCUGGACAUUCUUGUCCGCGUCCUGAGAGACCACCAGCGCCAUCCACUGCAUGAUCCAGGCUCGACCCUGUGCGAGAACCUGGACCAGAUGCUCCUUCACAGCCGCUACGACUGGGCCAGGGUGCUCGAAUACUUUGCUUGUUUCGCAUACUUGUUCGACGAUGCCGUUCUCAAGGCCUCGGUCUCCCUGCACCGCGGCAUGAGCAGCUUUAUUGCCCGGAAUCGCAGGGAGAUGGCACUGCAUGCUCCGCUGACUGUGUCGUUGCAGUUUGUUGACUUGUGUUUCCACAAGGACUUCAAUACCCUGAUGACGGCACUAUUUGAGCAGCUAAGGAGCUCUGAUCGGGCAUAUCUCGUACGAUACCUGGGCGUGAUACCGCUCUUUCUGGACGGUAUGCCAUCGGUGCAGAUCCCUGGAUAUUUCCUAGAACGGUACGGUGCUAGGGGAGGCGUUCGUGACAGAAUCAAGAUCCGUGCUCGUCGUAGGGUUAGGAGGCGCCAUCCUGGCCUGCUGGAGAGGGGGUUGUUCAUCAAUUCUCACUGA